UCCUUUAACCGGCGGCAGUGAGUCUCCUCUCUCCAGCGUCUCUGCCUCUGCCUCUGUUUGCGCUCCGAAAAGCGUUUCGUUACUACAGCAGCUCCGGAGCAUCACUUUACACUUGUUGCUGGCGCUGUUUUAGCGGGUGUCGAGACGUGAACGCACUCUUCCAGCUCCUCCGACACACACAAACACACACUCUCACGAGCUGACCAGUCGAGGACAAGCUAAUGCUAAUUUGGCAGCAGCCACGAGUGGAAGUUCGCUUCUGAGUUUUGUGUCGCGUUGUCAGCCGCAGCCCAGAGUCUCGAUGGGGGUCACAACAACCAGGCAUGCAGAACUCAGAGGGAGCGUCAGACACCACGACUGGUGUGGCAGCUCUGAGGUCAUCGUCAUCAGCCCAGGCUCCUGUGGUUCAGCCCGUCCCAGCAUCACAGCAGAGGGUGCUGGUUCAAGCCACAGGCUCAGCUCAGAAAGGAGGACAAGUACAACAGCUUUCAGUAUCCAGGGUCCAACAGGUCCCUCAGCAGCAGGUGCAACAUGUCUACCCAUCCCAAGUCCAGUAUGUAGGAGAAAGUGGAGAUGCUGUUUAUACCAAUGGAACUAUUCGAACAGCCUACUCCUAUAACCCCGAGAGUCAGCUGUAUGGGCAGAGCAGUGGGGGGACCUACUUUGACUCUCAGGCCGGUGGAACGCACGUCACCACGGUGGUCUCCUCGGCCAGUAGUGGCGUGCCCCCGCACGGCAUGGUUGGCAUUGCCAUGGACGUGGGCGGCAGCCACAUCAUUUCCAGUGGCAGCACCUACCUGCUUCAUGGCGGAAACAUGGAGGGAAGCCGCAACCACAUAUCUCACUCAUCGCGCUCCUCCUCAGCUAUGCUUGAAAUGGCGAUUGAAAACCUCCAAAAGUCUGAAGGAAUUGCAAGUCACAAAAGCAGCCUGCUCAACAGCCAUCUGCAGUGGCUGCUGGACAACUACGAGACGGCAGAGGGAGUGAGCCUGCCCCGCUGCUCUCUGUAUAACCAUUACUUGAGGCACUGUCAAGAACAGAAACUGGAUCCGGUCAACGCGGCCUCCUUUGGGAAACUCAUCCGCUCCGUCUUCAUGGGCCUGAGGACCCGCCGCCUCGGCACCAGAGGCAACUCUAAGUAUCAUUACUAUGGCAUCCGGGUGAAGCCAGAUUCGCCCCUCAACCGGCUGCAGGAGGACACCCAGUACAUGGCCAUGAGGCAGCAGCCUGUCCACCAGAAACAGAGGUUCAAGCCUCUGCAGAAGGUGGAUAGCAUGUCUGACAGCCUGUGUGGGAGCUCUCAGCACUGCAGCGGCACCCCAGAGCAGUCCGUGGCUGCUCAGAGCCAGCAUCACCAGCAGUAUAUAGAUACGACUCACUCCCUGCCUCCUUUUCCCUCCCCUGACCUGGGCACCCAGCCUCUGCCUGAGCGCAUCAACAUGAGCGACAUCAAGAAGCUACAGACCCUCUACAGAGGCCACUGCGAGGCCACUCUGGACGUGGUGAUGAAUCUCCAUUUCCACUACAUCGAGAAUCUCUGGCAGACUUUUUGGAAUUCAACACCCCCACCUAGUGACGGCAGCACGACCAUCCCCAGCAGCGAUGACGACCUGGAGCGUGUGAUUCCCAGAGAGAAGCUGAUCUCUCUGUGUAAAUAUGAACCGGUCAGAGUGUGGAUGAGGAGCUGCGAUCACAUCCUCUACCAGGCUCUGGUGGAGAUCCUCAUCCCUGACGUGCUGCGUCCUGUUCCCAGCACGCUCACUCAGGCCAUCCGCAACUUUGCAAAGAGUCUGGAGGGCUGGCUCACUAACGCCAUGAGCAGCUUCCCACAAGAGAUCGUUCGCAUGAAGGUGGCAGUGGUCAGUGCGUUUGCUCAGACUCUGAGGCGGUACACCAGCCUGAACCACCUGGCCCAGGCAGCUCGCGCCGUCCUCCAGAACACCUCUCAGAUAAACCAGAUGCUCUCUGACCUCAACAGGGUGGACUUUGCUAACGUCCAGGAGCAGGCUUCCUGGGUGUGUCAGUGUGACGAGAGCGUGGUGCAGCGCCUGGAGCAGGACUUUAAGGUCACCCUGCAGCAGCAGAGCUCUCUGGACCAGUGGGCCACYUGGCUGGAUAACGUGGUCUCUCAGGUCCUCAAACCUCAUCAGGGCAGCCCCAGUUUCCCCAAAGCCGCUCGCCAGUUCCUGCUCAAGUGGUCGUUUUACAGCUCGAUGGUGAUCAGAGAUCUGACCCUGCGCAGCGCCGCCAGCUUCGGCUCCUUUCACCUGAUCCGCCUGCUGUAUGACGAGUACAUGUUCUACCUGGUGGAGCACCGCGUGGCUCAGGCCACCGGAGAAACUCCCAUCGCUGUCAUGGGAGAGUUCAGUGACCUGAGCUCCAUGAUGCCGUCGCUCAUGGAGAAAGAUGCGUCCUUCUCAGACGAGUUGACUUUGGGCAGCGAUGCCGACGCGUCCGGAGGUCCGGUCGAGCCGGCGGUGAAGAGGGAGCGGAUUGAACUGAGCCACCCUCUGCAGGAGAUGUGAGCCCGGUCCAGAAGCAGCAGGAACCAGCAGCCCUUCCUCCUCCUGCRGAGUGUGUGAUGUAAAUAGAGAAGGGUGCAGCCCUCCUCACCAGCUAUUAUAUAAAUGAACAUUUCCUUUUUUGUUUUGUUUUGUUUGUUUAACUCACGGGGGUGUAACACAAAUCAAACUUUUAUCUUUUUGUUGCAACUGUGAAUGACUCUGUGCUGUAGCUUCUUAGGACUCUGCGCGGCGGUGUCUGCCGUCCAKUUCCCGUCGUUUCCGUUCCACUUCGCCGUGCCCAUGGUGUCAUUUGAGUGCCUUAGAUUGCUGACGUUGAACCCACCACUACAGAUUGUGUCUCUGCCCCUCAGCUGUGCCUCGACCACAGUAUGAAUGUACCGUCUCCAAACCUCAAACAUUCGAAGCACCUUCUGCGUUUAUCAGGUGUCGGCGUGCUCUCCUCGUCGCCUCUUUCUCAGCUUGUAGCAAAACGUGUGCAAGGAAAAAAAACAGGUCAAAGAGAAGAGAAGAACCCAAAGGACUUUUCUUUUUGUCAUUCCACCAGCCUGGCCGAGUGUUUUCCUCUGCGUCGGACAGGAAUCAGGAAGAACUCGGCCGCGUUGUGUGUUUGUUUACCUCAAUAUUUCUACUCCGUGUGCAGCUUGGCUCAGAUGUCACGAGGUGAUUAUAAGAACCACCGUUUUAGGUUUUAUUGAUUGUGAAAACGUCUGCACGUUUCUUUGAUCAGCCUCAGUUUACUCAGUCGCCAUCAAGCUGGAACAAUUCCAGAUUAAUCAAGGUAAUGGAUACAGGAUGUCAAACGUUAGAGCUCUGCACCCCGUCACAAUAAAAGCUGCCCGCCGGCAUCUGAGCCAACACACGCUCCCCCUACUUCAGAUACUUUGACCUCAAGCUCCUACUCAAAGUCUUAUAUUCUGCGUGGAUCAGAUGGGAGAAAAUACUGUGUGCUACUUAGGAAAUGUCAAUAAUAAAUUAUAUAUACACGUAUAUCUUUAUAUGACGUAGAAAGUUUGUGCUUCGUGGCCUUUGCCUAAUCUUCUGUUGCUGUAUUUGUCACAUUGUAUCAACAAAGUGAUUUUUCUUUAGUAGUUGAUUAGACUGAGACAUGUGACUGUUUUCAAUCUCAAAUGUUAAAUGUUUUAAAUUUAAAUCUUACAGCAGCGUUUCUGCCUCCAGUAAACCUCUAAACUGUUACAAAAAUACCCUAUUUAUAUCAACUAAUUUGAUUUGUUGGACUUUGUAAUUGGUUUGUUUUUGUUUUGUUUUUCUGCCCCGGAUGAUUCUGUCGUAGCAGUGGGAGUUAUUUAAGGCUUUUUGUAACUCGUGCCUGUCACAGUAAUUUGCCUUAAAGUGCUUUGGAAGAAAGUAACUCCUUACGUGUAACUUUGUAAUGUUUUGUAAAGCCGUUUUAGAUUUUUUUUGGCGGAGGAUUAUUUUUUAUCGAACUAGGUUCUUACAGGUACACUGAACCAUGAUUUCUGUGCAUUUUUAAACCUGUUCUUGACCACACUUUAACUAGCCCGAGGACAGAUGAUUGUCUAACAAACUGCAUAGUUCAGCUGUAUUUUGUACUUUGGUCACAAUGUGUAAUAAACUGUUGUAAACCCAAA